AUGGAAAUCCAAGAGACCCAGCGUCUCCUGACGGAGUUCCUCCAUGAGCUUGCAAACCUGUUCCACCGCGUUCCUGGCUCUGCUAUUUUCCUUCGCUACGUGAAGUCCAGUUACCAAAACGACCCUAUUCGGUCAGCGGUCGAGUUAUUCCUUUUCUUAUUUGCAGUACGCUAUCUGCUCGCCCCGAAAUAUUCGACCAAGCCGGGCGUGGUUCAACUCUCAGAGGAUGAGAUUGACGAUCUCGUGGACGAAUGGACGCCGGAGCCUCUUGUGGGCAAACCCACCCCCUUGGAGGAAAUGGAGGUUGAGAAGCGGACGGUGAUCGUCGGACCUGUCGGUCCGAAGUCGAAACUCUCCAAUGGUCGUACGGUCGUGAAUCUUGGCUCCUACAACUUUUACAACUUCAACACGAACGAGUCGCUCAAAGAGAAGGCCAUUCAGACGCUCCGGAACUACGGUGUCGGCCCAUGCGGCCCUCGUGGUUUCUACGGUACUCAGGAUGUGCAUAUGAAGACGGAGGCGGACGUUGCGUCGUUCCUCGGUACUGCCUCUUGCAUCAUUUACUCCCAGGCCUUUUCCACGAUCUCCAGUGUUAUCCCGGCGUUCUCCAAGCGUGGAGAUAUCAUUGUUGCUGAUAAGGGCGUCAACUUUGCGAUCCGCAAGGGCAUCCAGAUUUCCCGCAGCAUGGUGCGGUGGUACGAGCAUAACGACAUGGAAGACUUGGACAGGGUCCUGGCCAAGGUGACCAAGGAGCAAGCACGGAAACCGCUCACGAGACGGUUCAUCAUCACCGAGGGUCUGUUUGAGUCCUACGGUGACAUGGUGAAUUUGCCUAAGAUUAUUGAACUCAAGCUCAAAUACAAAUUUCGUCUUAUCCUGGAUGAGUCGUGGUCGUUUGGCGUUCUCGGACGUACUGGCCGCGGCGUCACCGAGCAUCAGAAUGUUGAUGCUGCGGAAGUGGACAUGAUUGUGGGCUCGCUGGCCGGCCCAUUGGUUGCGGGAGGAGGCUUCUGUGCUGGUUCAGAGGAGAUUGUCCACCACCAACGUAUUUCGGCCGCCGCGUAUACCUUCUCUGCUGCUUUGCCCGCCCUUCUUUCGACCACGGCUAGUGCCACUAUCAACCUCCUGCAGAACAGCCCCGAAACGGUAUCCCAGCUGCGGGAGCACACCAAAACCAUGUGGGCCCAGCUGGAUCCUCGGAGCGACUGGAUGUACUGCACUAGCGCGCCGGAGAAUCCGAUCAUGAUCCUUGCUAUCAAGCCCGAGGUGGUUGCCCAGAAGAAGCUCUCCGUGGAAGACCAACAAUUCCUCCUUCAGGAUGUGGUUGAUGAGUGCCUUGCGAAUGGCGUCCUCAUUACCCCGCUGAAGACGCUUCAAGAUAACUUUGAGCCGAAACAGAUCGUCCCGCCGUCGCUGAAGGUCUGUGUGACGAUCGGACUGACGAAGAAAGAGAUCGAGAAAGCCGGAACCACCAUUCGCCAUGCGAUUACGAAAGUCCUGAGCAAGAAGAAAUAA